AUCAAAUAAAUAAUUCGUAUUUGUUUUGUUUGAUGGCUGAAGACGACAAGAAAUUAAAUCUGCUCGCUUUGCCUUCGCUCCUCAAGUGUGACACAACAACAAAAACAACAACAACAGCAACAAAUCACUGCACCAUAAAUGCGAGAGCAGCAACAAUAAAAUAAACAAACAAAGAAGUAACUCCGACAAACACGCGCAUCUCAACAAUACUAUUGACAAAAUGAUGCUGCACGAGGCUGUCAUGUUGGAGAUCUAUCGUCAGGCGUUGAGCGCAAGUGAAUUGGCGAGUCCGCGGUGCCAGUCCCGGGAAUCCAAUACUUCGGCGACAGCGGGCGAUGCACGCUGCCCAUCCACCGAAUCCCAUUGCUCGGCCAAUGAUUGUUUGACACCAGCGCCAACGCCGACACCCACAUCGCCGGUGGGAUUGCCGCUGACGGCAACGCUGGCGCCCGCAGCCGCUGCCGCUCUGCUUCCGCCACAAUCGGCCGCCAUGGCUGCCUACCUGGCAGCGGCCCAACAGAAUCAUUUGCUGCUGACAAACCCACUGGCGGCAGCCGCAUCUCUGGUACAGCAGGCCACGCAACAGUCGCGCUCCCCGGACGCUGCAUCGCCGCAGAGUGGACAGCAAGAGGAGGCGCCCGCUCUGGACUUUAGCAGAAAGCGCACGCCCAGCGAUUUUGAGGCCAACGCUGGCAGUGAGGAUGAGGAGGAGCAGCGCGAACAGGAGGCGGGUGAGGCGACCAACGACGAUGGCAACUGUCCACUAGAUCUCUCGGUCAGCACACGCAAGCGACCGACACAAGAGGAGCAGGAUGCACCGACCAGGAAGACGCCUCGUAGCAGCGACUACAAGUCCCCUUUGCCACCUGGCACCUGGGUGCCUCCUCUGAAUCCGUAUCUAGCUGCUGUGGCGGCGGCCAACAGCAUGUCGCCCAAAAGUCUGGACUGGAAUGGCGCCAAGAUGGCAGGAGCCGGCAAACUGGCCCCCAAUGAGGCUACAAAGGCGCUGGAGAAGAUGACCGAGAUGAGCAGACUGGGAAGCGCUGUGACGUCUGCCAGCAGCGAGGAGUCUUCAACAUCGGCGAACCGAUCGGGCAGCAGUCGCCACAGUGCCUGGCAGUCCCAUUGGCUCAACAAGGGUGCCGAUGCGGCCAAGGAUGUCUUCAAGUGCGUGUGGUGCAAGCAAAGCUUUCCAACGCUCGCCACCCUAACCACACAUAUGAAGGAGACCCAGCAUUGUGGCGUCCAUGUUGCUCCUCCCACAUCUGGGGGCAGCAACAACGUCUCGAAUCAAACACCGACACGUCCGGCAACAGCUGCUACGUCCACUUCGUCCAGCUCCUCCUCGGCGUCUUCAACAGCAUCAUCAGGCUCGGCCAAAUCCGAACUCAAUAUGCUCAUCAAGGAGACCAUGCCGCUGCCUAGAAAGCUGGUGCGCGGCGCCGAGCAGACUCGGCAGAUUCUCAAAUGCAUGUGGUGUGGCCAGAGUUUCCGCUCCCUGGCGGAGAUGACGAGCCACAUGCAGGAGACCCAGCACUACACCAAUAUCAUAUCGCAGGAGCAAAUCAUCUCGUGGAAGUCGGGCGAUGAGAAACCGUCUUCGGAGCGGCCAGCCAAUGGAGGUGGCAGCAACGCGGUGGCAUCCACUACCGCGCCAACACCAACCGUCAGCGCCGUCCUCACGUGCAAGGUGUGCGAUCAGGCCUUCCCCACCCUGAAGGAGCUAAGCACCCAUAUGGCCCAGCAGGCGCAUUACAAGGAACCCCCCAACAACACGAGCGUUUCACCGCCAGCCCCACCCGCACAGGUGCCGGCUUCGAAGCGGGGCGGACGUCAGGCGCGUGAGAAGCGCAAGAAGUCGUUGCCGGUCAGAAAACUCUUGGAGAUGGAACGCAAUGCAGCACAUGACUUCAAGUCGGCAGCCAGUUUGGACUCGGCCCUGAAGCCACUGCGCGACUUUGCCGCCGCCACCAAAAUCACGUGCGAGAAAUGCGGCAGCAAGAUAGAGACGGCUCUGUUUGUGGAGCACAUCCGGAAGUGUCUGGGGGACAGCAUACCCAUACCUCCCCGUCGACCGCCGCCCACCUCGGAACGCCUGCCCAGUCCAAGGACGCCCAGCAGCCCACUGUGCGAGAAACCUGGCAUGGGAUCCAGUGGAGCACCUUCCGUUCUGAAUGCCAUUGAGCAGCUCAUCGAGAAAAGCUUCGAGACUCGCGGACGCAUGGGAGUCCCUCAUGGGGGUGGCUACGCAGAUGCGGGCACGCCGCUGGGUGCCAGCAUUCUGAAGCGUCUGGGCAUCGACGACAGCAGCGACUAUACGAAACCAUUAAUGGAUGUCCAGACCAUGCAGCUGCUACGUUCCUAUUCGGCGCGCGAUCGCAGCGCCAGUGAAUCGAGCUCUACGAGCCGUGUGGACUCCGCAUAUACACCUGAACGUCAGCAGCCGACGCCCAGACGCACGCCCGAAGUGCCACCGCCGCCACCACCUGCUCCGCCAACGACCAUCAAGUCGGAGCCGUUGGAUAACACAGAGCUGGACAACGUCAGGAGCCAUAUAGCCGUGAAGAAGGAGUUCAGCAUGCAGGCGCAGGAGCAAGUCGAGGCGCCACGCACGCCACACAGCCCCAGCGUGGCAAGUGAACGUUCGAGCACCCCUCCGCCUCCUCCCGCGGAUACUGGCAGCUUGUUGGCCCUCAAUUCCAUGUUCGAUCAGCUCAAUAGUCUGAAACAACUGGGCAGCGAGACGAACAACAAUAACAACAACAACAACAAUCAACAUCAAGUCGCCGCCAAGAAGCCGAACGCUCAUCCGCUGGCCGCUCUCCAGAAGCUAUGCGAGACGACAGAUCCGCCGGCGGCAAACACGCGCAGCUCCUCGACAGCUUCGGCGACGGCCAAUGGCAACGAUCUGGUCGCCUUCAGCUGGGCCUGCAACGAGGCCGUGCUUAGUGCCGCCGAUCCAUCGAUUAUCAAGUGCUCCUUCUGUGAUACACCGUUCUGCUCCAAGGGCGCCUAUCGCCACCAUCUGUCUAAAGUGCACUUUGUGAAGGACGAUGGCGGCGGUGAAUCCCCAGCCGCCUCUGUCGCCGCGCAGUCGCCCAAAUCGGCGCUCACAUCAUCACCGAAAUCAAGAAGCCCGAUGGCGCAAUCGCCCAACACACAAGCCAACACACAUCUCCAGCCCCAAACACCCACCAUCAAUCCCUAUGACGAGAGUCCGCAGUCGAAGUUUCUAAAGUACACGGAGCUGGCCAAGCAGCUGUCCUCGAAGAAUGCCUAAAAGUCCGAUUCAGAAGGGGAAGAACUUCAUCAACAACAACAUGUCACAACAACAAACAUACAGACACACUCGUUUGUGCAUUGAUUUCUGAUCGAGAGCACAAGCAGAAGAGAGCGUUAACUGUGUGCUCUCUCCUGCAUGUUCGUGCUCUCAAUAUUUGCGCUCUUUGCAGCACUUGCAGCAGCUCGUCACAAUUUCCCCUACUUUGCUGAAUUGAUUUAAUACAGCAGAGCGUAAAAUUCCCCAAGCAGAAAGGCCAAAAGUCAAAAGGGGCCAGUCGUUCGUCACUUCAUCAAUGCGUCAGGCAGACAAUUUUUAUUGUUUACCAAUCGCGUUAGCUUGCCAUCGCACUCGCACUCAAGCGUGCAGGCCAAAAUUCAAUUACACCACCAAUUUGACGAACUGCUGUCCAUCAAGCACACCAACACGCACACGCACAAAUACUUUUACACUUUCAUGUGCAUGAACUACUGUUGCAGCAACGAGCGCGAAAGAGACGCCUGUAGUAUGCAUCGCGUGUAGUUUGACGAAAGGCGACGACAACAGUUCGUCAAAUCAGUCGAAACGCAAAACUAAAAACACAAAGCCAAACGGCAAAAACAAAAUACAAAAGCAGACAGCUGACCAUGCGAUUGGAUGGCGGCACACGAGCAGCAACAAAAACAACACAAAUACAACAACAACAACGGUAACUGUAACAGUGCGCUCAAGUAGGUGGGGAACUUUUUGGCCUCCAUUGAGUGUAAAAUGUGAACAGGUUUGAGCGCAGAGGAGAGCAGAGCAGAACAAAGCGAACCGAAUCGAAUCGAGUUGAGUUUGUCGGUGUAUUGCCGUUUUAGUAGAAAUUAUAAGCAGAAUGUAAAGAGCGUGCCAAAAAGUAAGCAAAUAUGCAAAUAUAUACAUAUUACCAAUUAAGUCAUUACAAACAAGAAACGCAGUAUACGUAACAUUUUUGAAAUAUUAAUCUUAAAAAGUUAACCUCAUUUUGAAAGGGCAACACAGCAAUUACAUUUCAAAUUGUAUUUGGCGCCAAAAUGAAACUGUCUACCAGAAUUAAAUGAAAUGUAGAGCAAGCGACUUGAGGAGAAUUCUACAUCAAUACAAUGUACAUAACUAGCUCUUAGCACUUUCCUUCCACAUGCCUAAAACAAAAGUUAAAUAAUAAUUAAAAUAUGAUAAAGUAUUUACAUAACUACUACUACUAUACGAAAACAAAUAACUGAUAGAUACGAGAGGGAAUAAAUCAAAUCAAAAUGUAAGCACGGCCGUAAUUGAAACGCAUGUAUACGCAUUAAUUAUAAAUUAUACAAAAUUAUAGAGUACGAGUAUAUACAACAUAUGGAUACGAAAAUCAAUCGCGAUCAAUCUCAACAAUAACACAAAUGUAUACCUACCUAUACGAUAUUUAACCUAAGAUUAAACCUAAGACUUUCAGCAAGAGGGUAGAAAAGAAGAGGAGGAGGAGGAGAUUGAGGAGGGGAAACGAAACGAAACUAAAAUGUAAAACAUUUCAUCAGCGUCGUCGUCUCAUCAUCACCAGAAACUAUUUAAAAAACAAACUACAUACUAUAUAUAUUGUAAUUGUACGACUUGUAUUUGAGUUUUUGUGAUAUUAUUUUAUAAAAACCAUUUGCUUCCCUUCCGCCUAGAGUGUAAGUCUUUGCCAGUGUUGGGCAACAACAUGCAACAUUUCCUCUCCCCAACCGAACACUUGGAUUUUAGAACUUUUUAAAAAAAAAUAUGUACGAUAUACUGGAGCGUUUUUAGAUUCGAUUGGUGUGGGCAGCCAAAAUUCAAUUACAAAACAAAAAGCGCCAAAUAAAAUUAUCUUCAGAAUUAUAAACACAAGCAACCGCUCGCUCAA